AAAAAAUAAUGGACGUCGGUGGGAACGGUGGUGGGCUACCUGUAAACAAUAAACAGAGGGCCAUGCUACCGAACAAAAGCAGGGGUGAAUUUACCCGCAACCCAAGAAAAGAUUCAGAGGGGCUGUCUGAGUCUCCAGACCUGGAGUUUGAGUAUGCUGAUACAGACAAAUGGGCCGCAGAGCUGUCAGAGCUGUACAGUUAUACUGAAGGACCAGAGUUUGCUCUAAAUAGGAAGUGCUUUGAGGAGGAAUUCAGAACACACGUGUCUGAUAAAAAGUGGACCGAGCUCGAUGCAGCUCAGCACAGAGCUCACGCUAUGCGCCUGUUGGACAGUCUGGAGGUGAUUGCGCGGGAGAAGAGACUGAAGGUUGCCAGGGCCAUUCUCUACAUGGCUCAGGGAACCUUUGCAGAGUGCAGCUCUGAAGCUGAGGUGCAGCACUGGAUGAGAUACAACAUCUUUCUGCUCUUGGAUGUGGGAACCUUCUCUGCUCUGGUGGAACUACUCAACAUGGAGAUUGAUAACAGCGCUGCCUGUAGUAGUGCUGUGAGAAAACCAGCCAUCUCCCUUGCGGAUAGCACGGAUCUCAGAGUGCUGCUCAACAUAAUGUACUUGAUGGUGGAAACCAUCCAACAGGAUGACCCAGCGGACCGGCCUGAAUGGAAAAUCGUGAGGGAAACCUUCAGAACAGAACUGGGAUCUUCUCUGUUCAACAACGAGCCCAUUUCUGUCAUGCUCUUUGGUAUGGUUACCAAGUUCUGCAGCGGUCAUGCACCCCACUUCCCAAUGAAGAAGGUGUUAUUACUGCUGUGGAAGAGCAUACUGUUCACACUUGGAGGUUUUGAGCAGCUCCAAGGCAUAAAGGUUCGUAAGCGCGAGGAGCUGGGACUCCCCCCUCUCCCAGAGGACAGCAUUCGCGUUAUACGCAGUAUGAGGGCCGCUUCUCCUCCUGCGUCUGCGUCAGACCUUAUAGAGCAGCAACAAAAACGAGCACGCCGUGAACACAAGGCACUGAUCAAACAGGACAACUUGGACGCAUUCAAUGAAAAGGACCCAUACAAGGCCGAUGACUCUCGUGAGGAUGAGGAUGACAACGAUGACAAUGACAACUCUAUAGAGCCAGAGACUUUCCCACUAGAGAGGGACGAGGUAAUGCCUCCACCUAUCCCUCACCCUCCAUCAGAGAGGGUGUCCUUCCCCAAAGGUCUGCCGUGGGCUCCUAAAGUCAGAGAAAAGGACAUUGAAAAUUUCCUGGAGUCAAGUAGAAGUAAAUUCAUUGGCUACACACUCGGGAGUGAUACAGAUACGGUUGUUGGCUUGCCCAGGCCAAUUCAUGAGAGCAUCAAGACUUUAAAGCAGCACAAGUAUGUGUCCAUAGCUGAGAUACAGAUUGCAAAGGAGGAGGAAUUUCAGAAAACUCCCCUCUCUGGUGGUGAAGAGGAGGUGGAGAUGUGCUCCACCGAGCUGCUCUACCAGGGAAUUCUGCCCAGUUUGCCUCAGUACAUGAUUGCUCUGCUGAAGAUCCUGCUCGCAGCCGCUCCGACCUCCAAAGCCAAAACAGACUCCAUCAACAUCCUGGCAGAUGUGCUGCCGGAGGAGAUGCCAACCACAGUGUUGCAAAGCAUGAAACUUGGCGUUGAUGUCAAUCGACACAAAGAGAUCAUUGUAAAGGCCAUCUCUGCAAUCCUGCUGCUGCUUCUCAAACACUUCAAACUCAACCACAUCUACCAGUUUGAGUACAUGGCUCAACACCUGGUGUUCGCUAACUGCAUCCCUCUCAUUCUGAAGUUCUUCAACCAGAACAUCAUGUCUUAUAUCACAGCUAAGAAUAGCAUUUCAGUUCUUGACUUUCCAUACUGUGUUGUGCACGAGCUCCCGGAGUUAACUGCAGAGAGUCUGGAAGCGGGAGACAACAAUCAGUUUUGCUGGAGGAAUUUGUUUUCCUGUAUUAACCUGCUGAGGAUUCUCAACAAACUGACCAAGUGGAAGCACUCCAGAACAAUGAUGUUGGUGGUGUUUAAGUCGGCUCCCAUCCUGAAGAGGGCGCUGAAGGUCAAGCAGGCCAUGAUGCAGCUCUACGUCCUCAAGUUGCUCAAAGUGCAGACCAAAUACCUGGGACGCCAGUGGAGGAAGAGCAACAUGAAGACAAUGUCCGCCAUCUACCAGAAGGUCCGACAUCGCCUCAAUGAUGACUGGGCUUAUGGAAACGAUCUGGACGCUCGUCCCUGGGACUUCCAGGCUGAGGAGUGUGCUCUGCGGGCCAGCAUUGAUUGUUUCAACAGUCGCCGCUACGACAAGAGCCUCUGCAAUCCAGACUUCCUGCCUGUGGACAACUGUCUGCAAAGUGUUUUGGGACAGCGAGUGGAUCUACCCGAGGACUUCCAAAUGAACUAUGACCUUUGGCUGGAGCGGGAGGUCUUCUCCAAACCUAUUUCCUGGGAAGAACUGCUACAGUGAGAAUCAGCCGCUGACGAUGACCUCAUGGUUUAAAAAAAAAAAAAAAACCUAAACUGUUUCAGUCAGAAGUUCAGAGAAAACACCAA